ACAAGAAGAUUUCCUUGUUUAUUAGCCUUCCCUUAGUCGCCUUUUACGAUGGCCCUAGGAAACAUAUGGAGCUGACCACAUUUAUCGAGUAGAUACAUGAUCUUCUCCCGAACUCACCGAACAAAUAUAAAUCGAAACAGAUUAUUACAUAAAUAUCCUCAAUUUUUUACUAUUUUUGCAGUACGAUAGAAAAUUCAGUUUUCUACUUUUAGAUAGUUUGGGCUGUACGUUGUCUCCGUCAGUCAGUUACUUUGUAACGCAAGAUUUUUUUUAUAUAAGUAAGUAAGUAGUAUUUGAUCAGUUUGCAUAUUGGAAAUACUAAGGCUAAGCCAUUGUGUUACAUAAACACUGAAAAAAGAAUAGAGAAUGUACCUGUGAGGAAUAUACUGCAUUUUAUGAAUAAAUAAUACCGUAAAAUUCCAAGUUCAUUAGUGCUUUCCUUGGUUGACUUUAAAAAUCUGCACGGGUAGAGAAGCAGUUCGAACACAUGUUGUUUUUCUCCGCUACUUAACCAGCAUAGAAGCUUGCACUACAUUAAUGUGCAUAUUCCCUUAGUCACCUAUUACCACAUCCAUAGGAAAGAGAUGGAGUGAUCCUUUUCCAAUUUGCUGGAAAUUUGCCAACCCAUCUGCAAUCUUUGAAUAAAUGAAUUAUUGAAAAAUUGGAAAAGUUUUAUGUUGUUAAUCAUGAGUGCAUCACUAUUGCUUAAUUCCGGUUACAAAUAAUAAAGUUGCAUCUCAAAGUAAUUUUCACAAUGCCCGAAAUGGGUACUGUAAUAUCUUAAAACAGAGUAUGAAAACUUAAAAAAACUAGCAAAAAAUAAUUAGGUAUCACAUUUUCGUAAAACUUAACCGUUCACAUCUACACUGUAAGCUGUAUACGGUACAGCCUUUGGGUACAGCGUAAAAAUAAUUAUUAAGUAAACAAACGUCAUGUGAUUUUAUUGUGUCAUGUGGACUUCCUGUGACCUUGUGACUAACACUGACAUUUCAUUCGCAACUAAUUUCGCUUUUAUUGUUUGUUGUUGUCUCGCGGGCCUCGCUUAUUUUCAUUUGUUUUGAAAUUGUAAAUUAUGUAAGUGUUUCACAGGUUGCUUGAAAUAAACUAAUACCUAUUAAAUUAAUGUGAAACCCUUUUUUCUUUUUUGCACAAAAUUGAAAUAUAUAAAAAUAAAAGUACAUACAUUCACAGGCCGAUAAGCUGAUAAGAAUUAUUACUGAUUCCCACUCAGUCAGGCCUUCAUCUGCCUGUUUUUCUUCGAUAACGUAAUUAUAAGCUCAGUUUUAGUGUACAAAGUAAGAAACUAUAUUCAAAAAGAUGGAUGUUCAGAUUUCAUGUGAAACUCUCAACAAGAUAAAAUUGUUAUUUGAAAAACUAGAGGCACCGGAUUAUGUGAUGAACAACUAUUAUGCUGACGCCUACAUCAAUAAAAUCAAGGAUACGUCUGAUCCCGAAAUUUCCCAACUCUCCACUGCACCAAUAAUGCCUGAGUUGGUGGCUUGUGCAUUGAGUCAUUCAGAGAAUUACCACAUUUCUGUAAAAGUAUUCCUCACUAGGCUUCUUGGUUGUGCCUCCGCAAAAGAACUGCAUUUUAUCAAGAUUUAUGCUCAAAUUGGUGACUACAUCAACAGAUGUUUCAAAAAUAUUCACUCAACAAAUAUGAGUGAGAGUUUAAGGGUAGCAUACUUAGAAGUAGCUCUUUCGCUAGUCAAACAUUGCUCUGGAAUUAUGUGGCUUAUAGAGACGGGAGUAUGGAAAGAUAUUCUGAUGUUAAUAAAUGAGAAAAGAACCAUAUUUGUGGUACGCCAAGUGUACCAGUUUGUUACAAAAUUCCUGUGGGCACUAAAUGACCUUGGUGAUACUGCCAACAUGAAUGUUGCUUUAAACUUAAUUCUAACUCCUAUUCAAGAUAUUGAGCUUCUAAAUCUAAAUGUAAUGAAUGAUGAGAAAGAAACACUUAUAUGUAAGAAGAUACAACCAAUGUGUCAUAUGCUGCUAGCAAUUUUCAGUGAGAAAGAUAGGAUCCGUACCUCCAAUAGACUGAUGAAUUGCCUUAUAUCAGAAUGUUACAUUAUAAUAAAUAUUGGUUUGAUCUUGGGUCUGUUACGUUCAGAUGAAAUCAUACUAAUAUGUACUAGAGUAUUAUUCUGGGCAAAUUUGGCUAAUAUUUUUCAAAAGAAACCUUUGGUUGAAGGAGUCAUGUAUACAAAUGAAGAUUUGCUUCAAUUGAAUGUGUUUUAUUACAACACCUUAAAAUGUUUGACACAGAAACGUAAUGCCAAGUUGAUUAUGGAGUUCUGUGGUGCCUGCAAUGCUAUAUGGAAUGUAACUUGGAAGAAUGAGAUGUCAUUUUUGCGUGACAAUGACAAAAUUGCGGAGAUGCAAAGACAGAUGUUGUUCAUGUGUUUCGGUCCUUUACUUGUUUGGACAGUCGAAGACAAGAGUUUUAUAGAUGUGAUGCAAGACGAAAUAGUUGUUCAAAAUGUGAGACAAAUGAUGAAUAGUGCUCAUAUAGAACAUAUGAUGCGAGCUGUAUACAGCUUCAAAAGCAUUCUGUAUGAGACAAGUAUUAUAAAUGCUGUGAAAUAUUGUGUGAAAUUACUAUCGAGUGUGAAGAUGCAUCUCACAGAUGAAUUUGCUUCGUUCAUGUUUCAAGCAUUAUAUUUUGCUCUAAGAGAGUUUGAUCCAGACAAAAACUGUUCCCAAGGGCAAAGUCGUUUGGAAAACCUCAUUGUAAUGACUCAUAUUCUGGAGAAUAUGUUGUAUGUGGUGAAACACUACAAUAUCACCUGGAACGAGAGUGUGGAAGUGCUGAGUUUGUACAGUAUUGUGUAUGAGCUGCUUAAGAAGCCUGAUUUACCCUAUAAGUUUGUUGUAGUCUCAUUAAAUGUCCUGGCAUUCUCUGUGAAGAAGUUCCUGACACCAAAUCUGUCUUUACUUGUGGAAUCUACUCCUGGUUCAGCGGUCCAUGAAAUUGGAUCUCUUAUCAAUGUAAAGAUGAAUGAUGAGCACUGGGAAGUGAGGGACUCUGCACUGGAGUUGCUGUUUGUCUGUACAGAUAUAUCUUUUAUAAAAUACCCGCCCUUUCAAAAGCAAAUAAUAAAGGAAAACCUGAUCAACGCGGCGGCAGCUAUAGCCGUCAACGAUCAAGAAUAUUACGUGCAGGCAUCAGCUUUGAAGUGCCUCGGAGCCGCUAGCCGGGUACCUUGCAUUUGGGAGCAACUCAAAACGGAGUACCCGAACAUACAGGAAAAACUUGUAUCAAUUCUGCAAAUGAACUCUGAAGGUAUAGUGCGGAAAGGAGCUUGCAAUGUUCUCUGCGAAAUAUACCAACAUGUGAAACUACCCGCAGUUGCUAAAAAUAAGUUAUACGAGUUCAUGGUGUCAUCAGCUCUUAGUGAUUUCCAUUGGGAAGUUCAGAUUAGCGCUUUAAAGUUCUGGAGAAUCGUCAUACAAACUCUUCUUACUGAACAAGGCAUGUUAGAUGGGACUUUCCCUCCGGUCACAUUUUCAAAAGAAUCACGAAAGAUAGUAGCUUUAAACGCAGCCGAAAUCCAAAGAAGGUUGCUAAAGGUUCUGAACGAACUCUCUGCUAUCGGCUGCCUUACAGUUCUCGUGAAAUUGUUACAUGAAGAAAGCGAUACAGAAAUAAUGGAAUUGGCAUUGAAAAUAUCAUUGGAAUUGAUUGAAAUAUUGGAAGAGCACAAGUUAUCAGGAUGUUUGCAGCCUAGUUCUGGAGAACCAUUAAGAGUAGAGGAAAUAUCGUGUCAUAUUGUCAAUGAUGAAGAUAAUAUUAUGGAUACAUAUAUGUCCACAACACAAUUGCCUGAUAACGUUGUCGAUGACAUCUUAAAGUUGGACGAUCUAAGUCUACUUGAAAAUGUAAAUGAACGCUAUACGAAUUUACAAAAUUCAGAAUCACAAGUCAGACCCAAGAUAAGAUUGCUCAAGUCGGCUUCUCCAUAUUUGUUUGUACUUUACGUGAAAAGCAAAGACUUUAAAAGUAUUCUUGAGCAGAAAAAGAAGUGGAAGGAAGGAAUGCGUAGUCUCUCUUCGUUGUUGGACGACAUACUCGGUGUAUACGACAUGAACAAAGAUAUCAAUAUUUUAGACUGUUAUUGAGAUUUUUAUAGUUUGUAAGACAAAGUGACAUAUCAAAAAAAUAUAUAUAUUUUACAAAUAUUAAAUAAAUAUUUUUAUAUUUUAUUGUUGAAGAUAGUUUUUACAAGCUUGUUAAAUUAUAUUAUAAAAAUAUAUUUAGAAUCAAAUGAAUAAUAAAAUUUCAAAGUAAAAAUGAGAUACAAUUUUUAUUUCUCUGGUAAUAGUAAUCAUAAAGCAUUUAUUUAUUGUAUUAUUUUAUUGCUUAUAAAAAUACAUCCUUAUCACAGAAUCUAUUAAAAUUCAAAUACUUAACACGAAAUGUAACAGUACAAAAAUAUUCCAAGGUAGAAUAAUAAGAGAUUGAAAUAUCGCUAUCCCGAAAUUUAAAGGGAAAGUGAUGGACUGACAUUUCUACGAAACAGAUUUUGCUGAAAUUCCAUUAUUUUUUGUUUAACAUUCCCAUGGUCGAGCGCAGACUUGCCACCUUUUUCACGAAUUUUGACAAAACAAGCUACAAAGAUAAACAUAUCUUUCUUUUCACUUUCUUUAACACUUCGUAAAUAAGCCCCCUAGAAGUUUUAGAUACACAAAUAGAUAUAACUGAAUAGUUCUAACGAGGUCACUGACUUCGUAACAACUU